GCUGGCGAGCGGCGUCUCCGCAGCGGCCGGGCGGGUCGCAGUCGGGCAGGUGGAAGAGGCGAGGCCGGGGCUGGAUCCGCCGGGGCGGGGGGUCGCGGGCGCCCCGGGAGCUGCCUGGAGCGGGGGGCCCGGCUGCAGGGCCCCCCUCCUGCCUUUGCACCCCCCAGUGGGGAUCCUGCGUGGGGCUGAUGCUGCAUUAAAGCCUCCCCAGCCGUCGGGGGGCAGGAGCUGGGGGGAGCCCCGCCGGGGUCCCGGGCUCGCCCCCCGGGUGCGAUGCGGGGCGCCCGGGGGCAGCUGGCGGCGUUGCGGGGGCUGCCCCCCUGCUGAGCCCGGGGACGGGGGCUCCCCGCGUGCGGGAUGGAGGGGCCGGGCUGCGGGGAGCCGCUGCCCCCCGACCUGAAGGAGCUGGAGAGCAAGGUGGGGCGGCGGGCCCCCGAGGGGCUGGUGCGCUGGCUGCGGGAGGACCCGGCCGCCGCGCUGCUCGGGGAGAGCCCGGCCCGGGGGCAGCGCCGGGGGCUGGCGGGGAAGAUCAAGGCGCUGAAGCUGGAACUGGCCUACCUGCGAGCCAUCGACGUCAAGAUCCUGCAGCAGCUGGUGGUGGUGAACGAGGGCAUCGAGGCCGUGAAGUGGCUCCUGGAGGAGAAGGGGACCCUGACCAGCCACUGCAGCAGCUUGGCCAGCAGCCAGUACAGCUUGGUGGAGAGCCAGGAGACCUCGCGCCGGGGCAGCUGGACCAGCCUGCAGGACCCCAGUGAGAAGCUGGACAGCAUCUCCGUUGGCAGCUACCUGGACACGCUGGCUGAUGAGAUGGACGAGUACUGCCAUGGCGCCAUGGAGCCUGUCCUGUCCUCCAUGCCGGGCAGACCAAGCAUCCCACCGGCCAGGCUGGAGCAGGACUGGUCCAGGAGCGACCCAGACUGGGGCCUGCCCAGUAAGCCAGGCAGCCCGCAGGACAAAUGCAAAGCGGACCCAGAGUGGCUCCGGAUGGACCAUUCCUUGGCCCGGCCUGCCCAGGAGCAGAGCACCAGGGACUCAGCCAGAGCAACAAAGCAGCCCGCUGGCCCUCAGCCGCCCCAGGUGGCCAACGGCUUCUUGAGCAGACAGGCUCUUGCUUUGGAACCCAGUAAAGAGGCCAAGGGGGAGAGGCUGAGCAAGAGCAGCCCGGCCCGGACGGCCUGGAGGAACGGCCAAGCCGACUAUGAGCCCUGCAAGCUCAAGGGCAAACUCCACCUGGAGUACGACGCCCACUGGCGCUGGGUGCAGUCGCAGGACGACGUGACCUUCUUGUAGCCUCUGGAACCCAGCUCGCGAGAGGCUGCGUGGAAUCCUCCGCGCCCGCCUGGCCGAUCCUCGCCCAGAUGAGCACUCAGCGUACGGAGGGGGAGACCAAACUGGUUGCAUUGGGCUUCCUCAAAAUUCCCCGCGAGCUCCAGUGGGAACAGCCUGCGGAGCUCUCCACAGCGUCCCCCCCUUUGCAAUGUGACGUUUCCCUCAGGGUUGGCGUGGGACCUGCGCGAUGUCAGACCGUGGCGCUGCACAGCGGGAAUUGGACUUCUCCUGAAUCGCGAGGUCUCAAAGAGGGGUGAUCACACUAGGGAGGUUACGGGAGGAGCAAGGCUGCACCUCCCAUAAAGGCACUUCGGGCUCACCCCACUUUUAUUAGUGCAGACGCUAGCGCAGGAUAGAGAGCACUUCUCUGUUGGUUCGAUCCUGCAGUCAGCCAUCACCCUGGGUUUAAGGAGGGGAGGAUGGUGGAGUGAUUACAGCAUGGGUCUUUUCCUGGCUCUGCCUCCGACUGGGACAUUAGCCCCUUAACUUUGCCAUGCCUUAAUUUACCCUUCUGCAAAAUGGGGCCAAUACGCUACCUACCUGGCUGGAGCGGGUGUUUGUUGACAUGCCAGUAGUUGACAUGCCAGAAGGCAGAUGGAGCUCGGCCCGGGGAGCAUGGAGGUCCUGCAGACAGAGCCUGUUGGAGCAGGGCGUGUUAGCCCUUGGGGCAUUGCAGUCUUUGCCAUGCCUGGCGCUGGGAUGUCACAGGCUGAGCAUGACCUCGCUGGAGCAUUGGGCCAGGACACUGGAGUGGUUGUAGAGAGGGAGCCCCGUGUUUCAACAACACAUCCGGGUUGUUUCUAGAGCCUUUACAUUUUCCUUUUCUACGCCUGCUUCCCUGCCCUGCUCCGCUCCUAUCCUCACCGCCCCACUCCUGCCCCUUGAAACCAGGUGAGAGGGCUGGGGUGGCCUAAAGGGCCCCUAAAAGCCCCAGUUGCAGUCAGGUGGGGAUUUCCCCAGAGGCAGGCACUGCAGAGAACAACCGUAGGGCUGCCCUCCGAGGACUUUGCUGCAAGCCCUGGCGCAGGGGGCAUGCUGGGAGGGGGGCUCAGAGUGGAGUUUGGGGGUGGAGUCUAGGCGGUGCUGCAGACCAUGGCACAGCCUGGGGAGGCUGCUGUAACUUAAACAGGCCCCCAGGGCUGCCUGUGUUAUAGGGGCGCUAGACCAGCCCAAGAUACGAAUGCAGCCUGGCAUAUUGGGCUGCAUGAGUAGAAGCAUUACCAGCAGAUGGAGGGAAGUGAUUAUUUCCCUCUAUUCAGCACUGGUGAGUCCACAUCAGGAGUAUUGUGCCCAGUUUUGGGCCCCCCACUGCAGAAGAGAUGUGGACAAAUUAGAGUCCACAACGGAAAUGAUCAGGGGUCUGGGGCAGAUGACUUACGAGGAGAGGCUGAGGGAACUGGGCUUUUUUAGUCUGCAGAAGAGAAGAGUGAGGGAGGAUUUGAUAGCAACCUUCAACUACCUGAAGGGGGGUUCCAAAGAGGAUGGAGCUUGGCUGUUCUCAGUGGUGGCAGAUGACCGAACAAGGAGCAAGGGUCUCAAGUUGCAGUGAGGGAGGUCUAGAUUGGAUAUUAGGAAACACUAUUUCACUAGGAGGGUGGUGAAGCACUGGAAUGGGUUACCUAGGGCGGUGGUGGAAUCUCCAUCCUUAGAGGUUUUUAAGGCCCAUCUUGACAAAGCCCUGGCUGGGAUGAUUUAGUUGGUGUUGGUCCUGCUUUGAGCAGGGGGUUGGACUAGAUGACCUCCUGAGGUCUCUUCCAACCCUAAUCUUCUAUGAUCAGGGUACAAAGGUGGCUUAAAAGUCUCGAGAACACCCCUCUAGGCGGCAGGUUCUCGGCAGCACCUCUUGGCAGAGCACAGAAUACCCCCUGUGCGUAUCAGGUCAGAUCAAAUUUGUAACUGCCCAGCCCCCAACCUUGCCCAGGGAUCUGUAAAUCCAGCUUCGCCUCCCAUCCAGUCUGUCUGGCUCAGCUGAGUUGCACUGCAGACGCAAGCAGGUACAAUUGAGGUGUUCGCCCUGGCAUACCUGGAGGUAAAGACUGUGCAGCUGGACCUUAGCGAGAUUAUUCUGUGGCCUGCGCUGUGCAGGAGGUCGGACUAGAUGAUCAGAAUGGUCCCAUCUGACCUUAGUAUCUAUGAAUCUAUGAAUCUAUGUGAGCUGGAACACGAUCUAGGUCAUUCUUCCCGAGCUGGGGUGGGUUUAUUCCAGGGAUGAAAGCAGAAAAGUGAUUAAAACUUUUUUGUCAUUAAAAUCAACCCAUGCGAAUCUGAAGCCACCCCAAGGAGCUGCCUUGUGCCAUUUUUAUGUGGGCAUGUUCCAUCGGAACUGCAUUUUAAGCCAGUUUUCUUCAUGUUUCCAAAUGCCUCUCCAUUUUGGGUAGAAGCUGAGCCUGGACAUUGGUUGGCCUACAACUUUGCAUUCCAUCUUGAGAUGGAAACCUGCCCCAGUCAUAACCUAGGGGUGGAUAACCAGGAGUUGGGUACCUAACAGCCUAUACCUGCAAGGCAAAUGGGGUGAUAAUUUAAAGGAGACAUGAGACCAUCUAACCCGCUGUAGGUGACUGUUUCAAGCUGUGACUGUUUCAAGCCCAACCCAACCAUUGCUGCUCCCCUCUGGUGCAGACCGACACUGAACACCAAAUCAAUUGGCGAGGCAGAAAAACCCUCUGCCCGGUGUACCCACUCUUUGUUCUUCUCUUUCUGUGCUGAAUGUGGCUUGGCUUGGGAGGUUCGUCCCAACGGUCUGAAUCGCAGUCCGGAAGAACCCUGCAGGCCUGAUUCCCUUUCCCUGAUGCUGCUGCAAAUCCAGAGCACUUCCACGGGAGGCAGUGUAAACAUAAGUGUGCUGAAACUGGUUUGAAGUGGUUUCCAUUAUAUCCAGUUUGGUUCAAUGGCUCUCAGCACCCCACUAUACAAAUUGUUCCAGGCCCCCUGCAAGUGGGGGUAAGGGACGGGUAAUCCCAGCAGUGUAAAUUUCGGCAACUGGAGAAAAGGAAAAGCAGGUUCCGACAUAGCAUUUUCCCUUCCUUGACCCAUGUAAGGGUGGCGGGAUUGCUGAAUGCACUCGAGACCUGCUUAUGCUCAGCCCAUGAAUCUGUGAGAGCAAUGGCUGCCUGCUGUCCUCAUACCCCAGAAGCAGAUAAAGUGGCAGUGCCCAUAUUGCACCCGGAUUGCCAGGUUCCUAAGGCGCUCAGCCCGGGAUGGCACCUCCUGAAUGACUGGGAAUUCUGACUCCUCUUCCAUUGAGCCCUACAGGAUUUGGCAGCUGCACCUUGGAUAUCGCUCUUAAUAUUCACUACCGAGCCCUGUCCUUCAUUUAUGGUGGUUUGGUUUUUUUGUGUGUGGUUAAAAUGCAUCUUCCCAGCGCAGCUGAUCCACAUCUCGCUUAUUUCCCCACAGCAGCAAGGCUGGAUCCUCAGGGCUGGGUUGUACAUUGACUGGCCAAAAGCAGAACAAAACUGAAAUUCAUGAGAGAGGGAUGGGCGACCGAAAGGCCACCUUGGUCUUGGGAAACCACAGUGACAAAACCCGGCAGUCCUGAAGCUUUCUGUAUCGUAUCCACAGGAUCAGCACUGUGGCAGAGAAAAGACUGACUCCAUAAUGACCCAUCCCAAGAGGCUGAUGUCUGUCUCUGCCCUUCCCAGCCUCUCCUGGUUUGCUGCCAUCCACAAACGUCACGUGUACACACAGCUACCUUCAUUUCCCUUAUAACCAGCGAAGCACCUGAAAGCAGUGGCUGCCCAUUGCCGGGGAAGGGGGCACCCUGUUUUAUUUAUCGAUGUUGUGCCAACUAAUGCUUCCUUUGACAUGUUGCAUGUCAGCACAUGGGCAACUCUGCUCUGAUGGCUGGGUAGCUAGCCAGUACCUUGGGGGAGGGAGGAAACACAGGUCAGGAUGCACUCCAGGAGCAGGGUUGGCCAAUGCUGUUAAUAAAACCACUGUCAAUGUGAAUAGCCUGCUUAAUAAACAAUAACCCUUCUAAAACA